AUGAAUGUUUUAAGUGAAGCCCAGCUGAAAGAAUUAUAUAUAAGUACUUUCAACCCUGAUAAGAAAGACACAUUGAAGGUUGCUGAUGUCAUAAAAAAGUUUACAAACGCAUCUUUUUCAGAAUUACAAUUAGUAUUUUCAAUUUUAUCACGAUAUGUUGAAGUACAGCCAGAAUUAGCCAAUUUGAUGGUGAAAGAUUUAAAUAAUCUCGCAUCUUACGGAGUUCAUCCAAAAUUAACAGAAUCAGUUGCUUUGUUUUAUGUUUCUUUAAGCAAAGCAAACCCUACCGUAGCUUCACGUUUCAAUGUAUCAUUGAUUUUAAAUAAAUUUCAGAACCUCGAUAAAAUUGUUUCCAAACUUUUUUUAGAUCAACUAUAUAAAACAGAGAAAAAUAUAAAAUCAGUGUACAAUGAAGAGAGUUUACAAAUUAUUUUGAACAUUAUUGUUACUUCUAGUGACGAAGCUGUUCGAUUUAAAGCAAAAAAGUUAUUUUCAUGCACUCUUGGUCAUUCAUCGGAGAAAACAUGUGACUCUACCUUGAAAUUGUUAUUUAGCAUAAUGAAGACAAAACCGGAUUUUUUAAUUUUCUUUUCCGCUCAAUUAUAUUUAAUAACCGAAAAAUACCCAUCGCUAUCGAAAGAAUUCGAUGCAAACGCACCAAUACUUGUAGAUUGCCUCAGACAAAACUUCAAUCCAAAAUAUCAAGAAAUUGUUGACAGAUACUCCGAAAGAUCGUAUAAAUUACACGAAAAUCCAGCAGUUUAUAAGGAAUUACUCAAAGUUGGCUACAAAAGUAAUAAAUUUAUCGAUGAAAUGUUGUUGGAUAAAUAUAAUUUAGUUCCAACUCAAAACAUGCAGCCAAAUAUACAGCAAAAUACAAUACAACAGCCAUUCAAAGCUACUCCCCAACAAAAUAGCAACCAAAAUGCAGUAAUUAUAUCUCCAGCAUUUACAAUGCAAAAUGCAGCCAUACAGGCUCAAGCACUAAAUGGUUCAGCUCAAACAUUCAAUAACAACCAACAAAAUCAAGUUGUUUCGAAUUUACAAAAUAUACCAAAACAAAUUUCUCAACAACAAGCACCUACGCCCCAGCCAACUCCUCAGAAAGCUCCAGGAGCUCCAUCCAAACAGCAAGCACAAGUUUCCACCCCACAAAAUAUUAAUAAAUCAAAUCCACUCCAAAAGCAACCCAAUACGCCACAGACACCUCUCCAAUCUCCUGCCAAGAAGAAUUCCUUCCCAAGUUCCCAGGCCAUGGCCGCUCCUUCACCACCAAAUCUGAAAUCAAAAUCAAAUCAGUCUCCAAUUACUUCAUCUCAGAAGCAGGCCUCUCAGGAUGAGCCAAUAUUUAUUGGUUCUUCUUCUGAUGAUGACGAAGGUCCCAUUCCUCCCGAUGAAAUCGCAAAUGAACUUGCUAAAUUUGCAAAAAUGGACAGCAAAACGUUUCUAGACAAAUGCAACGAAUGCGUUAACCUAAUGAAACGAAUUCCUAAACAAACACAGUAUGAAAAAGCCAUUAAAACCCACGCAAAGCAGAUUUCGGAUAAAGUUGUUAAUCUUUACUACUUUAUUUCGAAGAAUCCGAAAGAUUGCGACAUCUACAACGAAGAAGACAUACAUAAGACAUUCAAAAUGCAAGUUGUCGUUGAUAGUACAUCAUAUGACUUCCAAUUCCAUUACAACGACACUUUUCUUUGGAUAUCUUUUUUAAUUAACUUGCAAACAAAUCAAGAACUGAAAGAAAUGGCAUCCAAACUUAAUUCAGAUUCAAAACUAAGGUAUGCCGCCUUCUGUUUGUUCGCAAAUGGAGGAGGAAGUGAAAAAUACCAAAGAUAUCAAUAUAAAUAUAAUUCAAAUGUUUACAACGAAAUGACAUCGAUUAUUUCAGCAUCAGCACAGAUGAUGAAGCACAAGAAGUAUCCGGAAGCAGGUCUAGCAUUUCGUGCAGAACCAAUUGUCUUCAACCAAGACGUCUAUUUCAAGUUUGCUGAUUCUUUUUCGAUGAAUGACAAAUUGGCCGCGAAAGUUCAAAAUCUUUUGGGAACUUUGAAACUUUCGAAGAAAUUAAUUAAACCGGAAAAGCCAGUGGAUAUAGAUAUGGAUAGAUUUAACGAAUGGAUUGUUAAAAGCGAGCAAUUAACGGAAUUGGAUUAUUCUCCUGCAGCGAAAUUUGUUUUGGAAGAGAGAUUGUUUCCUUUGGAUUUAAGAUAUAAAAUUGCUCGUAAUUUGGCAUCUUCUAUGACAAGAUUUACUUGUAAUCUUGAACCAUUAAAACUUGAGUUUGAUAGUUCGAAUAUCUUGGAAAAAUGUUUCGAAAACUAUCCAGUGAUUUUGUAUUCUAGUAAUACUCAGUUUAUCUACAACGGAAAACAACUGACGAAUCGGGAAUUCAUGAUUGAAUUAAGUAGCAGGUUUAGAGCUACUCAGACAGAGAUCAGUCCAGAUAAAUCUUUUAAGAUGGGACUGAUCAUUGCAAUGUGCUUUGUUUUGAAUUCCAAACAUGUCUUGAAACUCAACAAAGAAUUCUUCAAGAAGAUGAAAAAUGAUUCAAGUUCAUUACUCAUUACUUCUAGUUUCAAGAGAGGUCUGACAACUGCAAUUCCUUAUAACGUCUACCAAACUUUCUCUUGCAAAGAUAUUAUGCAGUUGUUCCAAAUUAAUAUUCCAUAA